AUGGGUGAGAGGUCAGCAAAGAAACCUAGAAGAAACAAGGAGAAGCUGCAUAUUUUUAAAAUGACCCAGCACAGACCACCCCCGACCCCUGACUCUCCAGCUUCCAAAGGGUCCAUGGACCAGCCCAUGGUUCUUCCCAGCAUCCUGGUGCAUUUGAAAAGACAGAACCCGGGUCUACACGGUUCUGUCCAGCACAGCGUAGAUGUGGGUAUGUCCAGUCUCCCGCAUCAGAAUGGCAGCCCCCACGAGAAUAGGGAUUGUGUCAUGUCCUUGAUCAAUUCCUUCCUCAGUGUCCAAUACAGUGUGGAUUACCCUCGCCAGCAGUGCCAGCGAGCUAUCCAAUAUUCUCCUCCAGUGAAGUGGGAAGAUGGGGUGCCCUGCUGUGUACUGGCAGCAGAUGCCAGCUGGAGGGAAGGGGUGGCCUGCUCCGUCUUAGGAGAGGAUGCCUGGUGUUAUAACAGAAAGAUUGAGGGUCAGGAAGACAAAGACAGUUCAUUUGAAUUAGCAGAAAAAGAUCGAGACAUGUCUCCCCUCCUGAAGAGCAUCAUCGACAUUUCCGAGAUCUUCAACUACUACGCCACCUGCGACGGCGAUGACGUCAAACUGAACAAGGGCGAGUUGAGGACCCUUCUCCAGCGCGAGUUCAGAGACGUCCUUCGGAGGCCCCAGGACCCCCAGACAGUCGACCUGGUCCUGCAGCUCCUGGAUAGAGACCGCGACGGAUCCGUAGAUUUCAACGAGUUCCUCCUGCUCGUAUUCAAGGUGGCUCAGGCCUGCUAUAGCGCCUUGAGCCAAGUGGCAGGGAGCACCAAGAGAGAGAAGGGACGAGACUUCUCGCAGGAACGCCAGUCGCGACAGGAGGAAGAUCAGCGCUGUCGCGGACAGCGCGACGGGGAGCGACAUCAGCAGCAGGAGCAGGACGGGGAGCUACAGCGCGAGAGGCGCUGUGAGAAAGAGGAGGAAGAGGAGGAGGAGGAGCAGCGUCAAAAGCAGCAAGAAGAAAGGCGUGAACAGCUCUGUAACGAAGAGGCACCGCGUGAAAGGCAACGCCAACAGCUCUGUGAAGAAGAACGGCGUCAAAGACAGCAUGAAAGACAACGCGAGCAGCGCUCUGAGGAGGAGGAACAGCGUGAAAGACGUCGUGAACAGCUCUGUGACGAAGAGGAACAGCGUGAGAGAUUCAGUGAACAGCGCUUUGAGGAGGAAGAACAGUUCCUGGGGCAGCGUAAGCAGCGCUGCGAGGAGGAGGAGGAACAGCGUCUGAGACAGCGACUAAGGCGGCGCGAAGAAAAACGGCGUCUAAAGCAGCAAGAGGAGCUUUGUGAGGAGGACAGGCGACAGAGGCAGAGCCAAAGGGACGAAGCCCUCGAGGAAGCCAAGCAUCGCCCCGUGAGCUGGAGGUGGCAGGUGGAGAGGGAAGGCCAGGCCCGCCAGAACAAGCUCUAUUCCCAGCCCCGGGUGCCAGAGAGGGUCCGUAGGACGGCCCGGGACCAACGACUCCAAGGCGCUGAAGAGAGUCGCCGUCGGGAAAAGGAAAGGCGGCAUACGGAAGAGGAGGAGCAGUUCCGCAGACUGGACCAGGACCAACGACUCCGUGAGGAGGAGAAGGACGAGGAGGAACGGAGUACCCGGGACCUGGAGCAGAACCAGAACCUGAACUGGGAGCGGCAGGUUGAGGAGGAGAAAGCCCAACACCGCAACAAACUCUAUUCCAAGCCCCGUUCCCAGGAGGAGACCCGAAGGGAAAAGCAGGAGAGGGAGCUGAGAGAGGAGCUGGAAGAACUGAGGCAGCAGGAGAGAGAUCGUCAAAGCCGAGGUGAAGACCAUGUCCGCAGGCAGGAGCAAGAGAGGAAGCUGAGAGAGGAGCUGGAGGAACUGAGGCAGCAGGAGAGUGAUCGUCAAAGCCGAGGUGAAGAUCAGGUCCGCAGGCAGGAGCGAGAGAGGAACCUGAGAGAGGAGCUGGAGGAACUGAGGCAGCAGGAGAGAGUUCGUCAAUGUUGGGGUGAAGAUCAGGUCCGCAGACAGGAGAGAGAGAGGAAGCUGAGAGAAGAGCUGGAAGAACUGAGGCAGCAGGAGAGAGAUCGUCAAAGCUGGGAGCUGGAGGAACUGAGGCAGCAGGGGAGGGAUCGCCAAAGCCGAGGUGUAAACCAGUUCCGCAGGCAGGAGAGAGAGAGGAAGCUGAGAGAGGAGCUGGAAGAACUGAGGCAGGAGAGAGAUCGUCAAAGCCGAGGUGAAGACCAGGUCCGCAGGCAGGAGCGAGAGAGGAAGCUGAGAGAAGAGCUGGAAGAACUGAGGCAGCAGGAGAGAAAUCGUCAAAGCCGGGGUGAAGACCAGGUCCGCAGACAGGAGAGAGAGAGGAAGGUGAGAGAGGAGCUGGAAGAACUGAGGCAGCAGGGGAGAGAUAGCCAAAGCCGAGGCGAAGACCAGGUCCGCAGACAAGAGAGAGAAAGGAAGCUGAGAGAGGAGCUGGAGGAAUUGAGGCAGCAGGAGAGAGAUCGUCAAAGCCGGGGUGAAGACCAGGUCCGCAGACAGGAGAGAGAGAGGAAGCUGAGAGAGGAGCUGGAGGAACUGAGACAGGAGAGAGACCGUCAAAGCCAAGGUGAAGACCAGGUCCGUAGGCAGGAGCGAGAGAGGAAGCUGAGAGAGGAGCUGGAGGAACUGAGGCAGGAGAGAGAUCGUCAAAGCCGAGGUGAAGACCAGGUCCGCAGGCAGGAGCGAGAGAGGAAGCUGAGAGAGGAGCUGGAAGAACUGAGGCAGCAGGAGAGAGAUCGUCAAAGCCGAGGUGAAGACCAGGUCCGCAGGCAGGAGCGAGAGCGGAAGCUGAGAGAGGAGCUGGAGGAACUGAGGCAGCAGGAGAGAGAUCGCCAAAGCCGAGGUGAAGACCAGGUCCGCAGACAAGAGAGAGAAAGGAAGCUGAGAGAGGAGCUGGAGGAAUUGAGGCAACAGGCGAGAGAUAGUCAAAGCCGUGGUGAAGACCAGGAGCGAGAGAGGAAGCUGACAGAGGAGCUGGAGGAACUGAGGCAGCAGGGGAGGGAUCUCCAAAGCCGAGGUGAAGACCAGUUCCGCAGGCAGGAGCGAGAGAGGAAGCUGAGAGAGGAGCUGGAGGAACUGAGGCAGCAGGAGAGAGAUCGCCAAAGCCGAGGCGAAAACCAGGUCCGCAGACAAGAGAGAGAAAGGAAGCUGAGAGAGGAGCUGGAGGAAUUGAGGCAACAGGAGAGAGAUCGUCAAAGCCGUGGUGAAGACCAGGUCCGCAGACAGGAGAGAGAGAGAAAGCUGAGAGAGGAGCUGGAGGAACUGAGGCAGCAGGAGAGAGAUCGUCAAUGUUGGGGUGAAGACCAGGUCCGCAGGCAGGAGCGAGAGAGGAAGCUGAGAGAGGAGCUGGAGGAACUGAGGCAGCAGGGGAGGGAUCGCCAAAGCCAAGGCGAAGACCAGGUCCGCAGACAAGAGAGAGAAAGGAAGCUGAGAGAGGAGCUGGAGGAAUUGAGGCAGCAGGAGAGAGAUCGUCAAAGCCGUGGUGAAGACCAGGUCCGCAGACAGGAGAGAGAGAGGAAGCUGAGAGAGGAGCUGGAGGAACUGAGGCAGCAGGAGAGAGAUCGUCAAAGCCGAGGUGAAGACCAGGUCCGCAGGCAGGAGCGAGAGACGCAGCUGAGAGAGGAGCUGGAGGAACUAAGGCAGCAGGAGAGAGAUCGACAAAGCCGUGGUGAAGACCAGGUCCGCAGACAGGAGAGAGAGAGGAAGCUGAGAGAGGAGCUGGACGAACUGAGGCAGCAGGGGAGGGAUCGCCAAAGCCGAGGCGAAGACCAGGAGCGAGAGAGGAAGCUGAGAGAAGAGCUGGAAGAACUGAGGCAGAAGGGGAGGGAUCGCCAAUGCCUAGGGGAAGACCGAGUCCGCAGACAGGAAGAAGAGAGGGAGCUGAGAGAGGAAUUAGAGGAGCUGCAACAGCGAGAGACAGGUCUGAAACGCUACGAGGAAGACCAAAACCGUCCUUUGAAGUCGCAGAGGCAACCAGAAAGGGAAAAUGUGGUCCGCAAUAAGGAAGUCUUCUCUAAAGCCUAUGAGGUCGACGAGGCGGAGCAGCUGCAGUCCCAGGACUUGCCGUCCACGGAGGAAGGGUACUGUGGUUGCGAGGUGUUGAGCCGAGAGACCCUGGAAGAGGAGAGGCGACGACAGGCUAGGGACCAGCAGUUCUACCGGGAUGCCCAGAAUCACCGAGAAUCCCAAGAGGAGGAGCGGAGACUCCUCUGGGAAAGAGAGAGGAAGUUCCGGGAGGAAGAACGGCGUUGUAGGGAGGAGGAAGAAGAAGUAGAACAAAGACGUCGUCAGGAACGAGAAAGGGAACUCCAAGAAGAGGAGCUGGAGGAGGAGGUUCAAGAGCUGCAGAGACUCCGCCGAGAUCGCGACCGAAAACUUAGGGAGGAAGAACGACUCCGUAGGGAGGAGGAGGAGGAGGUAGAAGAGGAGCUGGAGGAACUCCGCCGGGAACGGAACAGGAAGCUCCGGGAAGAAGAGCAGCUCCGUAGAGAGGAAGAAGUAGAGCAGGAGUUGGAGGAACUCUGCUGGGAACGGAACAGGAAACUCCGCGAGGAAGAGCAGCUUCUUCAAGAAGAGCGGGAGGAAGAGAAGAGGCGUCGUCAGGAACGGGAGAGGAAACUCCGGGAGGAAGAGGAAGGGCAGAGAUUCCGCCGGGAACGGGACAGGAAGUUUCGGGAAGAAGAACAUCUCCUCGGGGAGGAGGGGGAGGAGGAGCAGCGAUUCCGCAGGGAACGGGAAAGGAAGCUUCGGGAGGAAGAACAGCUCCGUAAAGAAGAGCGAGAGGAAGAAAAGAAGCGUCGCCAGGGGAGGGAGAGGAAAUUCCAAGAGGAGGAGCAAGAUUUGAAGAGGCUCCGCCGGGAACGAGACCGGAAACUCCGGGAGGAGGAGCAGCUUCGGAAGGAGGAGGAAGAAGUAGAACAAGAGCUGAAGAAACUCCGCCGGGGACGGGACAGGAGAGUCCGGGAGGAGAAGCGGGAACAGAAUCGCUUCCAGAUCCAAGACAGGCAGACCCCCGAUCCCAGGAGUCGUCCCCUAUCGAAUCCGACCGCCCGCUCCAGUCCCCUCUAUGAGUACAUCCAAGAACAGAGAUCGCAAUAUUGUCCCUAA